AUGUUGAAGCUUGCCAGCUCGACCAAAUAUUUUAUCAGCCACGACUAUGAUCACAAGAAAAGGGGCCAAGUUAUGCUUAAAGAUUUAUCCCUCGCACAAUCCGGCAAUGUCAUCAUUGGCUGUUGCAUCCUCGGCUUGCUCGGGUCUCGCACCACGGUCCAGAUUUCUGGGUUGCCUAGGUUACUGUCCAAGCACAGCAGGAUCCACGACGGCAAAUGUCCUCGGCCCAGCCGCGAGGGAAAACUCAAUGCGCAUAGUCUGCUCUCUGCGUCGCCAGCCAACCCGGAAAAGGGGCAAAACGCCAUCACAAACAGCGAAGCUCCACUUUUCAACAUUCAUGAGUGUCAUCUCAAGAGGCUUAGGUCAGUUAUGACAGCGGGCAAGGGAACCUCUGUUGUGAUCAAGUAAAGGUGUUCCAGUGGUGGUUGUCUUCAGCCCCACCCCUUUUCUCCUCGCUGCCGGGCACUAUUCUGACCUACUGACCAAUACACGCUACCGGGCUAGUUAAAGCUCUAGGCUGGUGUGCGAAAUGGAGGAGGCCGAGGCACCUCGAAGUUGGGGAUCCAGAUGAUGGCACGACGCAGCUGCGAAAAGUCACAUGAGCUCGGGAGAACCCAAGAAAGGCUCUUGGCACUAGAUUUACGGCUAUGCUGGAUCGUUGGCAGUGGAGUUCAACUCUCUGUUUAGUUGUGUCUUCUGAUCAUGAAAACGUGCUGAGUUGAGGAAACGUGGUCGAGCCCUGGUCCGUCGAUGAGGAGGCUCGAGAGGAUGCGGGGAAACCAAGCGGCGCCAAGUUUCUGGGGAAGCAGAAAUGGGGAGUGGCCCGCUCUCCAAAUUCACAAGAAAGCCGAUUUACUCGUCCACCACCGCCACCAAUCUCAAUGGCGCUAACCAAAAGAGAAUAACGCUCCGGCAAGCUCAUCAUUAGCCUGUUUCUUUGCCCGGGGCUAUGGGAGUUUUGGAGAGAUAUUCCUGUGCCAAACGGUUGCUGGGGUCAAGUAGCGGGCCACUGGAGAUUUUGUGGAUUUGACACUCGCCCUCCCCAUGGGGUUGUGGACCCCUUCACGGCCAGGCCCGUAUCAUGACACUGAAGCUUUGGGGAACCCUGGAUAAACC